AUGAGCGCACCAUGGUGUUCCUCCAUCCGGGCAUCAUGCGCGCCGCAUAGCCUCGCCCGUCGCGUGCUACGCCAGGCUGCUCCCUCGGCCUUCCUCCUCCGGCCCCGGUUCCUGCAGCGGAGAACCCUCCUCACCCUCGCGAUCGAGUCCUCCUGCGACGAUACUUGCGUGGCUAUUCUCGACAAGCCAGACCUCACCGUCCAUAGCCGCCGCCGUCCUCAUCACCAGCAUGGUGAUGACGGCAACGAUUCGGCGCCGGUUCCCGCCGCGGCGCAUCUGCUCUUCAACAAAAAAGUAACGUCCGACAACCGCGCCUUUGGCGGCGUGGAACCGCUGACGGCCGUCUUGUCGCACACGUCGUCGCUGGCGCCGCUGGUCCGGGAGGCGCUGCAGGCCCUGCCCGAGGUCCCCGCCGUCGAGAUUGGCGACUACCGCGUCUGGAAAAAGAUGCUCUGGGUCGAUGGCGUGGUGCGGCGCAAGCCCGACUUUGUCUCCGUGACCCGGGGCCCCGGCAUGGCGUCGAAUCUGUCCGUGGGCCUGAACACGGCCAAGGGCCUCGCCGUUGCCUGGGAUGUCCCACUGCUCGGCGUCAAUCACAUGCAGGCGCACGCGUUGACGCCGCGUCUGGUAUCGGCGCUUGAGCGGGGAGCGGAAGAGCUAGAAAGGCGGCAGCAGCAGCAGUCAGGCACAACCGCUCCCAAGAGACCGCGGCAGCGCGAGCAGCAGGAGAUCAAGGAACCUGCCUUUCCGUUCCUCUCGUUGCUGGUAUCGGGCGGCCACACGCUACUCGUACACUCGCGCUCCCUAACCGACCACCGCAUCCUCGCGCAGACUCGAAACAUAGCCAUUGGCGACAUGAUUGACAAGUGCGCCCGGAUCAUCCUGCCAGCCUCUCAUCUCGCCGAGCUGGACGAUGUCAUGUAUGGCCCGGCGCUCGAGAGGUUCGCCUUCCCUGACGUCAAGUCGCCUGAAGACUAUGGCUACACGCCGCCGGCAAAGCGGAUGGACGAGAUUCAGAUUUUUGACUCGGGGCGCGGCUGGGCUCUGACGCCACCCAUCCCUACAUCGGCGGCGAUGGUUUAUGAUUUCUCGGGGUUCAAUGGCGAGGUUGAGCGUGCUGUCAGGGAGAACCCCGACAUGUCCUUGGAGGACAGGCGGUACCUGGCCAAACACGCCAUGCGCAUCGCCUUUGAGCAUCUGGUUUCCCGACUCCUGUUUGCUCUGAAAGAUAGGUCUCAAUUUGGAGAUAUAAAGACUAUCGUUGCUGCUGGGGGCGUAGCGAGCAACAAGUACCUCAGGCAUAUCAUGAAAAGCAUGUUGGAGGUCAGAGGCCACGGACAUUUAGUUAUUAAUGCGCCUCCGCCUGCUCUCUGCACGGAUAAUGCUGCCAUGAUUGCCUGGACAGGGAUGGAGAUGUACGAGGCAGGCUGGAGGAGCGAGCUGAAUAUCCUGGCUGCUCGCAAGUGGCCGAUCGACCCAGAGGCCCAGGGUGGCGGCAUUCUAGGAGAGCCAGGCUGGGUCAAUGUGAAUAAAGUGUAA